AUGUUCAUCAUGGGAUCCGUGGUUGAGAGCGGCACCUGCAAGGGUCUGGAGCCGUCCGUUGCGGAGCUGCGAAGCUACGAACAAAGCAAGGAUUCUCGAGGCCCACGGGAGAUCGUCGUGUUGGUUUGUAGGGACGAAUUGGAAGAUGCCUUUGGCAGCAGUUCAUCCACUUGA